AAUUUAAAACAUUGUAUUAGGAACAAAGCUGCACCUCAUGGGCGGAGUUGAGCUCUCCGGUAGCGAAAGUCCAGGUUCUGCUGCUGGGAUUCAGCUGGUACCUGAGAAGCAGCGAGGGCCGCGUCUUCCAACCUAGGCUGCCUCCGCUGCCAUGUCUCAAGGAAUCCUUUCUCCGCCUGUGGGCCUGCUGUCUGAUGAGAAUAUGGUAGUCUCCCCAAUGUUUGAAUCCACAGCUGCAGAUUUGGGAUCUGUGAUCCGGACAGACCUACUAUCAGACUGCUCUGUCAUCUCCACCUCCCUGGAGGACAAGCAGCAGGUUCCAUGUGAAGACAGUACAGAGAAGGUGAAAGUAUACCUGAGGGUCAGGCCCUUGUUACCUUCCGAGUUGGAACGACAGGAGGAUCAGGGCUGUGUUCGAAUUGAGAAUAUGGAGACCCUUGUUCUGCAAGCACCCAAGGACUCCUUUGCCUUGAAAAGCAACGAGCGGGGAAUUGGCCAAGCUACCCACAAGUUCACCUUUUCCCAGAUCUUUGGGCCAGAAGUGGGACAGUCAUCCUUCUUCAACCUGACCGUGAAGGAGAUGGUAAAGGAUGUACUCAAAGGGCAGAACUGGCUUAUCUAUACAUAUGGAGUCACCAACUCAGGGAAAACUCACACGAUUCAAGGUACCAUCAAAGAUGGAGGGAUCCUGCCUCGGUCAUUGGCUCUGAUAUUCAAUAGCCUCCAAGGCCAACUUCAUUCAACACCUGACCUGAAGCCCUCGCUCUCCAAUGAGGUAAUCUGGCUAGAUAGUAGGCAGAUUCGACAGGAAGAAAUGAAGAAGAUGUCCCUGCUCAGUGGAGGCUUUCAAGAGGAGGAGCUAUCUACCUCUUUGAAGAGGAGUGUUUACAUUGAAAGUCGGAUGGGCACCACUACCAGCUUUGACAGUGGCAUUGCUGGGCUCUCUUCUACCAGUCAAUUUAUCAGCAGUAGCCAGCUGGAUGAAACAAGUCACCAAUGGGCACAGCCAGACACUGCCCCAGUAAGCAUACCAGCAGACAUUCGCUUCUCCAUCUGGAUCUCCUUCUUUGAGAUCUACAAUGAGCUGCUUUAUGACCUGUUAGAACCACCUAGCCAGCAGCGGAAGAGGCAGACUCUGCGGCUAUGCGAGGAUCAAAAUGGCAAUCCCUAUGUGAAAGAUCUCAACUGGAUUCAUGUUCAAGAUGCUGAGGAAGCCUGGAGACUCCUAAAAGUGGGACGUAAGAACCAGAGCUUUGCCAGUACACACCUGAACCAGAACUCUAGCCGUAGUCAUAGCAUCUUCUCAAUCCGGAUCUUGCACCUUCAGGGAGAAGGGGAUAUAAUUCCCAAGAUCAGCGAGCUUUCACUCUGUGAUCUGGCUGGUUCAGAGCGCUGCAAAGAUCAAAAGAGUGGUGAACGGCUAAAGGAAGCAGGAAACAUUAACACUUCUCUGCACACCCUGGGCCGCUGUAUUGCUGCUCUGCGCCAAAACCAACAGAACCGGUCAAAGCAGAACCUGGUUCCUUUCCGUGAUAGCAAAUUGACCCGAGUGUUCCAAGGCUUCUUCACAGGCCGAGGCCGAUCCUGCAUGAUUGUCAAUGUGAAUCCUUGUGCUUCUACCUAUGAUGAGACUCUUCACGUGGCCAAGUUUUCAGCCAUUGCCAGCCAGCUUGUGCAUGCCCCACCUGUGCAACUAGGACUCCCAUCACUGCAUUCAUUCAUCAAGGAACAGAGUAUUCAGGCAUCCCCUGGUUUAGAAAAAGGGAGUAAGGCAGACCCAGGCCUUGACAACCACGCUGAAAAUGAAGUUGACAUCUCCAUGUACAGCAAGGAGGAGCUCCUACAGGUGGUGGAAGCCUUGAAAACUCUGCUUUUGAAAGAACGACAGGAAAAGUUGCACCUGGAGAUGCAACUCCGUGAUGAAAUUUGCAAUGAGAUGGUAGAACAAAUGCAACAACGGGAACAGUGGUGCAGUGAGCAUUUGGACACCCAAAAGGAACUAAUGGAGGAAAUGUAUGAAGAGAAACUAAAGAUUCUCAAGGAGUCACUCACAAGUUUUUACCACGAAGAGAUUCAGGAACGGGAUGAAAAAAUUGAAGAACUAGAAGCUCUCUUGCAGGAAACCAGACAGCAAUCUGAGGCCCAUCAACAGUCAGGGUCUAAAUUAUCCAUGCGGCAGUCAAAAAGGUUGGCAGCUUCUGCCUCCACUCAGCAGCUCCAGGAGGUUAAUGCUGAACUACAACAGUGUAAAGCAGAGCUAAACUCUACCACUAAAGAGCUGCAGAAGUAUCAGAGAAUGUUAGAACCACCACCCUCAGCAAAGCCCUUUACCAGUGACGUGGACAAGAAAUUAGAGGAGGGCCAGAAGAAUAUAAGAUUACUGCGGUCAGAGCUUCAGAAACUUGGUGAGUCUCUCCAGUCAGCAGAAAGGGCCUGCUGCCACAGCACUGGGGCAGGAAAACUUCGUCAAGCUUUGACCACUUGUGAUGACAUCUUAAUCAAACAGGACCAGACACUAGCUGAACUGCAGAACAACAUGAUGCUAGUGAAACUGGACCUUCAGAAGAAGGCAACAUGCAUUGCUGAGCAGUAUCAUACUGUGCAAAAGCUUCAAGGCCAGGCUGCUUCUGCCAAAAAGCGCCUUGGUACCAACCAGGAAAACCAGCAACCAAACCAGCAACCUCCAGGGAAAAAACCAUUCCUUCGAAACUUACUUCCCCGGACACCUACCUGCCAAAGCUCAACAGACUGUAGCCCUUAUGCCCGGAUCUUGCGCUCAAGGCGCUCUCCUUUACUCAAAUCUGGGCCUUUUGGCAAAAAAUACUAAGACUGGGGAGGAAGAACACAGUCAUCUCCCUAUGUGGGUCAGCUGCUCAGCUUAAUAAACAGACCUGUUUUCAGCUUUACCAUAUA